AUUACAGCCGGCAGUAAAACACAGCAAACCUCCGGUUGUACCUCCCUGCGACUGAAUAAGGGCUGCUUUUCUACAGUCAGGGUGUUCACCAUGAGAGUAAAAGGACUGGUACUAAAUGUAGCAUGGUACUGCUUUGGGAUUAUAACGAUGGGUACAUUAACGAUUUUCACCAAAAAUCCUGAAAAAAGUCCCGUAAUCUCGGCAAAACAGGCAAAAAAAGACGCUAUGAUGCCUGCUGACAUUCCCUUCGCUCUAAGGGAUGAAUUCCAGAAGGACGAAAGUACCGUGAUGUCGGCAAAACAGGCAAAAAGAGACGCUAUGAUGCCUGCUGACAUUCCCUUUACUCUAAGGGAUGGAUUCCAGAAUACCAACAGGAUGAGCAACAGGAUGAGAUGCAACUGUUCUGGGGUUAAGUAUGAAAAGAUACUAAAGGUUAUGGAGACUGAAGAACCAAAGGAAGUUGAAGAUCGACGCAAAGUAGAACUGCAAAAAUUCAAACGCAGAACCAAGUCUUCCAAAGAGACCCUAAUGAUCGUGAACGGAUCCGUUCCUCUCAGUUAUCCUGUACAAGGAGUGGUCGUUGCACCAGAAGAAUGGGAAGACAUCCCAGGUCUCAAAGUUGUGGAUAACACCUUACGUAACAAGUAUAAGGUGAAACUUUCGUCAUCCGAACUUGGGGUGCUGACGAUCCGUGCCACAGUGCCCAAGGUUAGGGUUGACGGACUGGGCACGGCUACACUAACCAUUAUCAGUAGGUUUCUGGCCCAUCUUAACCGGCAGCUGGAGUUUGUGGUGUAUGUUAACACCGUGUUUGACAUAGAUGCUAGGGACUUUGUGCGCUUUAGUUACCUGCACCACGAGGCGAUUUUCCCUAUCAACAUUCGUGUAAGGAGAUCGCCAACACUCUACGACCCUAGACCGGGUAACAUAAAUGACAAGGUUACAAUCAUCACCAAGACCUUCCUGAGGUACCCAUCAGUAAGACUCCUCAUCCAAAGCAUCCAGACAUACUACCCCAAGAUGCGGAUAAUUGUAGCGGAUGACAAUAGACCUUUCGAAGACUUACAGUCAGAACAUGUAGAUCAUUAUAUCAUGCCUCACAAAUCGGGCUGGUUUGGGGGUAGAAACUUGGGAGUGUCCCAGGUGAUCACGCCUUACCUGCUGUGGCUGGAUGAUGACUACGUCUUUCAUGAAGAAACAAAACUGGAGGUAAUGGUGGACAUCUUAGACAACAGCAACUUGGACGUGGUUUCUGGACUACGUGGCGAUAAAAUACUCUAUUACAACAAGAUGGCGGUGAUCCCCGGGGAAGACGAUGAUGACGGUGUUUGUAUCUGGCACCAGCAAUAUAAGAAUUAUGGAAAAGUACCAGGAUUUCCAAACUGCUAUUUCUCAACUCGGUUGGAGAAUUUCUUCAUGGGUAGAACGGAUGGUGUCCGGUCUGUAGGGUUUUACCCGGCGUACUCCAGAAAAGCAGACGAAGAAUUUUACCUGGAUGCAUUGGGAAAGCUCCGGAUGGCCGCUUGCAAGGGAGUUCAUAUUCACCACAACCGAACGUGGAGUAACUUGUACAACACACACCGAUGGGGCAGAGAUAUUAAAGACUACCAUGAGAUGCAGGACAGGAUAAUUUAUUUCAGGAACAACGCAAACUGUUGGCAUUAUGUGUGAUAUAAAAUAUUCACAUCUCUACAUGUCUGACGAUCUUUUCGCCUGAGUUUAUGUAGGAGGUUUUUUACCGGCGUUUUCGCGGUAAACUAGUAAAGCUGUCAAAUGUGACAACUUAGAUAACUUAGACUAUUACGUUAUGUAGCCUGCUUGGUCUUUAUUAUAAUUUCAGUCAUGCCUUGGUAAAGCUUAAUAUAUAU